AUGGAGAAAACAGGCCCUCAGGAUCAUGAGCGGGUGAUAAAUAUCCCAGUAACAAGAGGCACAGAGACUAGAAAGCUCCUGAUAGAUCGACUGGAAAAUCUAGUGCUAGUGAUAAUCAGGCAAAUAACGAGUGGACAAUUGCCAAAAAUUGAUAAUUUAUGUUCGGACAUUGUACCCGGUGGAGUGGAAUUCGGUGUGAGUGACAAUGGAGAGGAUUUGAGUGAUGAGACAGCUACCUGCGGGAAAAGCCAUUCAGGUGAAAUCGAGGAAGACGGUGGGAUCAAUCAAGGUAGAUGUGUCGUGGACUUUUCACACAAGAGGGGAAAACUCAAGUUGGCACUCAUGAUGACAGUCGCUGCCAAAGCCCAUAAGUUACUCAUUGCUGGAGAGUUUCAGACCAAGAGGUCUAUGUUUUAUGAGCUCAAAGGUGGUCUCAUUGGCAGAUUUAUUGACAAGCAGAGCACAACUGAUGGAAUUAUUAAUAAUGUUGCUAGAAUUCUCCUGUGCAACACCUGGGAACUAGGUUUCGUUGCAACUGCGAAAGGAUUGGUAUCGGGUACUUUGGAGUUAACCCUUCAAACUGGAGAGAUCCUGAAUUGUGAAGCACCUGGAGGUGUCCUGAUUCCUCAAAUGUCGUCGCACAUAAUGGGGAUUAAAUCUCGUGCUUCCUCGAUAAUUGUAGUGGAGAAAGACGCAGUCUUCCAGAGACUUCUUGAAGAAGAUUGCACUCGCAAGAUGAAGUGUAUUUUGGUCACGGGGAAGGGAUACCCUGACGCUGCGACGAGGGCAUUUGUCAAGAUGUUGAUCGACCACUUGGAGAUUCCCGCAUACAUCCUGGUUGACGCCGAUCCUCACGGGAUCGACAUCAUGUGUGUUUAUAAGUACGGAUCAUCUUCAUUAUCAUGGGAACAAGAACACCUCGCCUGUCCGACAAUUAAAUGGAUCGGGAUCUACCCGUCGGAGGUAUCGAAAUUGAGAGUGCAGAGAAUGCCAUUGACCGAUGCAGACGUGACAAAAUUACGGGGUCUCAAGAGAAGAAGCUACUUGGAUGAACAAUUGCGAGAGGAGCUGGACUUUCUCUGGCUCGGGAAAGCGGAAAUCGAGGGAAUGGCGGAGAUAUCCUUAUGCUUCCUGACAUCUCUCUAUUUUCCAACGAAAAUCUGAUGUCAAAGACGUC